AUGGUCGAGGACUUGGACACGCUAUGGGAGAUUUUCGCCGCUGCUGUAACGGAUCGGGAAGCGACAAACUUAAUUUGCAUCCUUGAUGGUCUCGACGAAAUGGAAAUAGUGUCUCAAAGAAAACUCCUGGAGUGUGUGAACAAGCUGUACAACAAAAAAGACCUUGAAGCUCGGCCAUUCGUCAAAUUCAUCAUAUUUAGUCGUCCCGAGAACACCAUCAAGACUUGUUUCACCCGCAACGUGGCCACUGUUCGGCUUCGGGGAGAAGAUGAGGCUGAGGCUAUCAGUAAGGACGUUGAAAUGGUAGUUCGGAACCACAUGAAUGAGUUGGAGAGACAAUGUCUUCCCCGGAAUGUGCUGAUGGAGCUGCAACAAGUGUUGAUUCACAAAGCUGACCGCACAUUCUUGUGGACUACUCUGAUGAUUAGUCUUCUGGAAGAUACUGCGAUGGAUGGCGCUUCGGAGAAAGAGCUAAAGGAACUCCUUGGAAACCGAGACAUUGACAACGUCUACGCCGCCUUACUAGCCAGAAGCACUAACAGAGAUCGAUCGAAGAAGCUAUUACAAAUAGUCCUGGGAGCUCGACGGCCCCUUACGCUCUGGGAGCUCAACGUUGCCCUCGCCGUCUCUCCGCAAAAGCCUAGCUUCCGAAACCUGCAAUCUGAGCUCAAACAUCUGAUGGAGAAUUAUGUAAAGGCAACCUGUGGGCAUUUCAUUCGCGUCAUCCACGAAAGAGUUUAUUUAGUUCACCAAACUGCCCGAGAGUUCCUCCUUCAGCAACAUGGAGACACUAACCCGUCCCAACUGGGCCACUGGUAUCAAUCACUGAAGCAAGUCGAGUGUGACAAUGUUGUCCCGAGAAGCUGCAUCUCUAGUCUUUUCCUCGUCACAGUGGCCGAUGAUCAGAGCGAUGAAAUGCCUCAACCGCAGUUGCUUUUCCCCUACGCCCGCGGCAACUGGUUUCAGCACUGCCAUAAUAGCAACCUGGAUACAUUUCAAGAAAUAGUGCAUGUUGCUCUUCGUCUUCAUGACCAGUGGCCGAAAUCCCCCAGUGAAUGGUUCUUUGCACAUAGCCUCAUCCUUCAAUUGAACAAUUGGCAGUUUGUCGCCCCAGAUAACGAUAGUUGGAAUGUUCCAAGGGCCAAAGUUGUUUUCAUCCUCGAUACGAUCACUAAGACUCUUCUUUGUGAUCCUCGAUUAGAUGUUCGAGCCUGCGAUCGCGACACGAGAACUAUUCUUCAUUAUGCAGCCGCAGCAGGAUCGUUGAAUCUUGUGCAAGCCUUGCUGUCCAGAGGAGUACAGAUCUCUGCAAGGAACCGUGAUUUCAAUACCCCUCUACACGUGGCAGCCAAUUUUUAUGCACAGAAUAAUUCCAGAGUAGAUAGAGCAGGGAUGGCCUAUUACAGCAGGCCCGCCUCAGAGACCAGGCGCGUCAUUGACUAUCUCAUCAGGCAGGGGGCUCAUAUUGAUGCCGUUGGUUAUAACGCAAGAACCCCCUUGAUAAUAGCAACGCAGUGUGGCGCCAUGGACUUGGUCGAAAUCUUCUGUUCGCACGACGCGAACGCGAACGCGACGGACACCACCGGGAUGACGCCCCUAAUGUUUGCUGUUGAGCAAGGCUCAUUUAACUUAGUCAAGUGUCUGAUCUCCCACGGUGCCAAUGUUAACUGCGCACGUGUUAACGGUGAGACACCUUUGCUAUUAGCAUCAGAGAGGGGCUUGACGGAGAUCGUCGCGGCACUGCUUGCUCACGGGGCGGAUGUCAAUGCCAAAGGACGGAACAAGAGGACUGCCUUGCAUUGGGCUGUUGAGAAUGUAAAUCACUCAACAAUAGAGGCCAUUCUUGACAAAGACCCAGAUUUGUCUCAAUUCGACUCUAAUGGCGAUACUGCUUUUCGAAUUCUUAAAAGAAGACCGACUAUAAGUGGAGAUCUACCAGGUCGCUUGAAAGGACCCUUUGAAUAA